AGAGAGUUAGAGACGAAAUUCCUAAACCGUAAACACUGAACGCGAAGACGAAAUCCCAAAAAUGAAAACAACUCAACAUAUAAGACGAAAUCAGAAAAUGUCAAAGUAGUGGUGAAGAACACGUCGAAUAAUUCCUGGAAGAUCACUCAUCAACCAAAAGAAAGAAGAAGAAAAAAUCAGUAAAAAUGGAUUUAGACCCAGAUUACAAUCCCAGUUUUAAGGCCAAGAUCAACACCAAAUGGGUAGCCACAGUCGCUAGUAUAUGGAUCCAAUGUACCAGCGGUUCACUCUACACAUUCGCCGUUUAUUCUUCCAUUCUCAAAUCUACCCAAGGAUACGAUCAAUCAUCCCUCAAUGUCGUCUCCGUAUUCAAAGAUGUCGGCGCUAAUGUCGGCAUACUUUCCGGCUUACUCUACUCAUCAGUCACCAGUCGCCGCCGCCGCCGUUGUGGUGGGCCAUGGGUGGUGCUACUUGCCGGAGCUAUUCAGUGCUUUGCUGGGUAUUAUCUUAUGUGGUUGACCGUUAUGGGGCUUCUACCUAAACCCCCUUUAUGGGUUAUGUGCCUCUAUAUGCUUUUAGCUGCUCAUGCUAUGACUUUCUUCAAUACGGCAAACGUUGUUACUGCUGUGCACAAUUUCCCUAAUUAUAGAGGCACCAUUGUUGGCAUCAUGAAGGGUUUUCUCGGGUUGAGUGGAGCAAUAUUAAUUCAAGUAUAUCAGACAAUCUUUAGAAACAGGCCCACUGCAUAUCUUCUGAUGUUGGCGUUGUUGCCUCCUAUUACUACUCUGUUACUUAUGUCAUUCGUAACAAUCUCGCAAACAAAUGAAGAUGAUGAGAAGAAGCAUCUUAAUGGUUUAUCAUUGAUUGCUCUGGUACUGGCUUCUUAUCUCAUGGCUGAAAUCAUUGUGGGAAACAUCUUCUCUUUACAACUGACCGUUCGCAUCAUUACUUUUACUAUACUCAUUUUCUUGCUGCUUUCCCCGAUUUCUGUUGCGAUCAGUGCCCACAAGGAAAAGUCUUAUAGAAUAAUUAAAUACUUACUCGAGCAAAACUCACCGGAGGAUGAACAGCAUAGAUCUCAGGCAUAUUUCGUGGACAUGGGGCAAAGUCAUGGAAACUAUGAGGAGUUGCCUGCUGGUGCUGAUCAAGGGAGAGAUAUGAAUGAGAGGAGGACUCCAGAAUGGGGGGAAAACAUGAAUCUUUUUCAGGCAAUGUGCACCACUGGUUUUUGGUUUUUGUUUGUCACCACUGCAUGUGGAAUGGGCACAGGGCUGGCCACAGUUAAUAACAUUAGCCAGAUAGGAGGGUCACUUGGGUACACUAUCUUAGAGACGAAUACUUUAGUUUCUCUAUGGAGUAUCUGGAAUUUUCUUGGUCGCUUUGUAGCUGGUUAUAUUUCAGAUUAUUUCUUGCGGUCACUAGGUUGGUCAAGGCCAUUAUUUAUUGUUGUUACUCUGGCUAGUAUGACUGUUGGCCAUGCUGUGAUAGCAUCUGGUCUGCCUGGUGCUUUGUAUGCAGGCUCUGUUAUAGUUGGCAUUUGUUAUGGAUCACAGUGGUCACUAAUGCCCACAAUUGCUUCUGAGAUAUUUGGUGCAGGGCAUCUGGGCACAAUAUUUAACACCAUAACCGUAGCAGGCCCUGUAGGAUCUUAUAUACUGUCUGUUUGGGUUGUCGGAUACUUCUACGAUAAGGAAGCAUCAGAUGAAGGAAACAUGUGUACUGGAACUCACUGCUUCAUGUUAUCCUUCUUUAUCAUGGCAGCUUCCACUUUCUUUGGGGCUCUUGUGGCCUUGGCUUUGUUCUUUCGGACAAGAAACUUCUACAAUAAUUUUGUUCACAGAAGAGGUGCAAAUACCAUUACUGGUUAGUUCUCAUUUGAUAAAAAUAAUUGAGGAGGAUAGCAGUUGAACUCCCUUAGCAACAGCUCCUUGUAACAUAGUGUACACAGUUUAGUUGGUAAGUUUACCUGACUUUGUAACCGAUGAUAUAUUUAUGAAUCUGUAUUAGUAUGAAUUUGAAGUUUGCAUCACCAAGGACACUA